GCCUUUCUAAUCGAUCUAUUUUCCUCUAUUAUGUCUACUACAUAUAUUUUUCUCUAACACACAUUCCCAGGAAGCAGCCCGUAGCAACCGUCUAUCUCUCAGGUACCUAUUUACUGCAAGAUGACCAGUAGCAUCAGGUAAAAGAUGCGUCUGUAUAUACAGUUGUUACAUACAUCAAUUUUGAUCUCACGAAUGUCGUGAAUAUUUAAAAGCAAUUCUGACAGCUUUCUGACCAGAACCACUCCUAGAUCUCUUUCUUUGUCAGAAAUCUUUAAAAUAUUUUCACAUGCAGGAUACAUGUAGCGUACUUUCCCCUAUUUCACAUCUCAUUGCGUGGCAUUUAUUCGUAUUGAAUUCCAUCCGCCAUAUGUUGCUCUAUUCGCUUAUCUUGUUUAGACCAUUUUGAAGCGCAUGAUAGUCACCUGGGUCUUUUAUUCUUCCCAUUAGUUUAGCAUCCUCUGCACAUAUAUAUAACUCUGAACCCCCCCUGUAGUAUAUCAUAAAUGCAGACAAUGAACAUAGGGGGCGCUAAUACUGGACCUUGAGGUACUCCGCUUGGACCACCUCACUACUACAUUUAUCCAGCUCGGUACAUUUUCUAUAAUCACUGCUCUCACUUUUCUGUCAGAAAAUGUUUCAGUAACGUCAGAUAGUAGUCUGCCUAUCACCCCUCCUGUAGGAAUUGCCUUACAGAACACUCAUUUUGUGUGAGACUUUCAAAAGCCUUUAUUAGAUCCAGGUAGAUGCAGUCGACCCAACCCUCUCCUUCCUACAAGAUCCCAGUGACUAUGGUAAAUGCCAGGCAGACUUGUUACACAGGAUCUUGUCAUUAUUAUGCUACUGUUUCUACAAAAAAUCUACUCGAUUGAUUUUAAAGAUUUUUUCUAGUGAUUUGACUUCCACGUUUGUCAAUGACGUAACAAGUCUAUUCUUUUAGACUUUAAAGAGUUUUAUCUUUUACUGUUUUUUAUAGAUUGGAUUAUGUUUGUCUUUUUCUAUAUGUCUACGAGGUUUCGUGUUUAUAAGAACGUCUGAAAGUAAUGUGUCGUGGAAUGACAAGCUCGCAUGUGCAUUCCUUUUGAACUUAUGACAAGACAUCAUCUGUCCCGAAGGGUUUGUUUCUGUCUAGCUCCUUGAGCAGUGUUUCUACCUCGUUUCUAGAAACAUCUAGGUACUGUAGGCAGAAGAUGAGUCACAAUAACGUGGCUGAAGAUAUGAUGACCAAACCACACACCAGAAGAUGAGGAGACGACGAUGUUUUGGUCCGUCCUGGACCAAUAUUAAGUCGUAUGUACUUAAUAAUGGUCCAGGACGGACCGAAACGUCGUCGUUUCUUCAUCAUCUGAUGUACGGUUUGGUCAUCUAGGUAUUUUAGGCUCUGCUCUAAAGUCCGUAUUGUCUUGUUCUCUGAAAAACUCAUUUUGCAUGAACAGAUUUUGGAACUGUUAAUUUAAUGUUUUCACACUUUUUGUUUUCAGUCUCUGUGAAUCUAUUUAGCAUUUUUAAUUUUAGGGUUUUAUCCUUUACGUGCAACAUGCUUCUUGGCUUCGUUGGUAUUCAAGUUAUCAUCUGUCAAACGGAAUAUUUCAAGGCACCGUGCAGAGGCACACUGGCUAGAACACACAGCCACUCUAGGCUCUUUUUAAAGGCUGUAGGAGAACGGAAGAUGAUAGGUUUAUGUAUUAAGUGCAUCUUACAUAUGAGGCAAAAUCAAAGUUUUCUUUAUAUACCGAUAAAUCAGGCGGGAUGUGUCCUAAGAUGUCUUCCUUUCUGUGUGGUGGUGGGAGGUGUGGGCGAGCCGCUGGGGUCUGCCACGCUGGGCUACAAUGAGUGGCAGGCACUGUGGGUCUCUGGCUCCACGCUGACGGUGCAGGAGGUUGACAGCGCCAGGUCGACGAAGGUGGCCCUGCCAUCGAGGAUACAGCAGGAGCACCAGGCUCGUGACAGAGGCAUCACCGUCAACGUCACCAGCAGUAGAGGCAAUAUGUACCUCCUUUCCUCGUGUCAGACUGGCUGUGUGGUGUACAGGACGCCUGUGGCCGACGACGCUUACGUCCCAGUGCCGCUGGAGGGCCACAGGGACCUUUGGGUGAGGGUACCGGGUCCUCACCAGACCCUGUUGCAGGUGGUGCUGAUCGUCACACACUCACAAAACACAGCAAUAACUCGCCGCAACAUCAGCUUCUUCCCCUGUUGUGGCUCCUCCUGGACACGACUCAGGGUGGCGCGGGUGAACGAGACGAGCGAUGUACGGGUUUGGAGCCUUCACGGCGACAAUUUAACACAGAUAAAUGCAACUACCCCCAGAGUGACCAUACGACCUCACGACCAGGUCUUUUUCUCCUUCCAGUCGGCGGACACGGCUUUCUGGAGCCUGGGGUGUGACACACGCCUGGCUAGGAUGCAAGACUUGUGGUCGACAUCGAGUGCCUCACUGUCCUGGGUGCUGCUCGCCUGCGUGCUGUCUGUGUCCCUGCUGAUCGCCAUUGGAAGUGUAUACACUUGGCAUACUUGCAAGAGGAGGCGUGAUUAUUGCCAGGACAACCAAUCACAUCCAGAGACGCCAUUCUCUUGGUGGCAGAUGGGCUCAGUGUCCAUUCGCGAGGAUGGACCAAGAACACGACCGUCAGUGGUGCCCUGGUCGGCAGUGACAGGGGAAGCCCAGGCAGUGCAGAGGGGAAGGGAGGGUACGCCUUCCUCUCUCGGGUACGAGGGAAUGCAGAGAAACAAAAGAGCUGAGGAAAUUGACUUUUCUGCAUGUGCUGAAGAACAAGUAAAGUCGUUAAGAGGACGAGAAAAUUCUCCCAUAGGAAGGGGAAAUUUCUCUUUAGGGAUGAACAAUUCUGCUUCAGCUAGAAAACUGGGAUGUGACAACUUUGCUUUAGGACUCUGCGUUGGGACCUCCAGCUGUAACAAUGGCCUCGGCCAUAAUGGCUCGCCUGCUACGAACAAGAAACACCCUUCAGCGUCGAAAAACAGUCCUGAACACAACAAAUAUGGGGCAUCAAAACGCAAGGCUGUCGGUCCUGAGCGCAAACACACCGCUCAUUCUAGUAUGGAUGCUCUAGACGGCAAGAGCGGAGUUCCUUCACGAAAGAAAGAUGUCACAACAGAAAGCAGAACUGGCAGUGACGGACACUCUCAGCUCCAGAAAGACCACCAGUUUUUUGCCCAUAGCAUCAAGACUCACGGACGUCCAAAUGAUCUUAACAAAACACAAAACGCUCAAACGAGGAGUUCCAACAAACAUGGACACAUAGACAAGAACAUCCAGUCUUCACAACAGACCAGGUGCCCUACUCCGGAGGUCCGUGGACGCUCCGCCGUAGACGAUCAGCAACACAGAAGGAAGGACGUGGCCUCUGCAGAUCGGAGAAAGAAGCAAGGAGGUGAAUGUAGAACAACACAAAAUGACACCAGAAUGGUUAUGAAGGAUAAAGAGGGAAGCAAGUUCAGGAGACAAUAUAAAAGGCGACCCGAGAUAGCCAACGGCGACGUCGCCAGCAGUCAGUACUACCAACAUCAUGGCUCAAAACCCCGCGUUUAAACACCCACAAGAUUUUAACAGCGGUGAAGUACAAGACACUGAUGAAAAUAAGAAGCUCCCGUCUCCAAUGACCAAUCUGAAGAAAUACAUAAUCAGUGAAGAAAAUAAAGGUCAGGAGAGGGAGGCCUUAAACCGACAGUAAUUUCAAAAAUGGACCAAGAAGACAUCAUCGCUGUCAGUUCAGAAAAGCAAGAAAGAGCCAUGCAGUUUGAUCGUUCCUUCACCUUCUCACACUGGGGGGGGGGGGGGGGGGUGCAGUGUUGUGCUGCCUGGGUCACUCCAGACCACACUAGAGCAGCAAGUUGCUUCACCUCCCUCGCUAGUCUCCCAAGACCCAGUAUCUUCACGCUGUUCCAACUCUGAGAAACAUAAGCACAAUUCAUCCUAUACACCAGCCAGGACGCCCGAAGUCUUCCAGAACGGGACCACAAAUACCUCAGUUGACUCGUCUUGAUGCAACAUCGACAUCGAAACAACAAAUUCGAGAACAGCUUUCCGGUAAACACUCACUCGUUGGCUCCAUUCCUGCCCCUGGAAGUCCAGACCCGCCCUCUAGCAUCAUCCGUCAGCCGCCUCACAUUCAACCUUCACAGCCCGCGAUCCUUUGCCCAACCUGCCAGCCCAGAUGCUGUCUGUCUUAGACGCCCAGAAGUACUAGAUAAACAGGAGAAACUCUACGAUGAAUUGGAGUAUCCUUGAAGGAAUAUCCUAAGAUCGCCAGCGAAGGCAUAAUGUCCUGCCGCUCACUUGUUGAAAAGGAAGAAUUUCCAUAUAAAAUUUAUAGUUAAGGACAGUUGUAAUGAUACUGCUAUCACUAAUAUUAAUGCUACUAUGUCUCUACGUUUGUUCUUUUGUAAAGACCUCUUGAAAUCUUUUGUUAGAGUUCCUCAAAUACUUAAUUCCUUGUCAAUUUCCGAUAAAAUUUUCCGUUUUCUCUUCAACCAGAUGGCAAGGUACUGUUGUUUAACUUAUAUGGCUCCAUAGCUCUUUCUGUUUUAAAUAUUCCUCAGUUUACAAUACACGUAUUUCUCUACACGUCCUCAGUUUACACUGCACGUCCUCAAUUUACACUACACAUCUCUCUACACGUCCUCAGCUUCUCUCUUGACACAGGUAUUUUCAUGUCCAGUUCUCUUUAGUUUCUUUCUAUUGUCCUCUGCGUCUAGCUCUCUGGCAAUUAUAGACUUUUUAAUUUUUUGGUUCCCUCUCCUUUGCUUUGCCUUUUGAAUCUGGGGUUUACUUUGCUUUUCUUGAUCACCCCCUUCUUAGGUAGUAUGAACAGCUACGUUACAUCUGCACAUUUCUGAGUAACUGUGGCUGCCUUUGCAUUACCUUUAAGCAAGUCUUACUGCAUUUGCCAUAGUCUUGCCCAGGCUUUCUAUUGUUUUGUAGGGGGCUUGUAAAUUACUGCUUCCACUAUCUACAUGUAACAACCUGUUGUUAUUCUUAAUAUGUACUCUUGCUCAUCGACUUCCUCGUAUACUUUUAUUUCCUCAAAGCUCCAAAUGUAGAUGUAGCAACAGGGCGACCUUAACCCGUGUUUACCCUAUGCUUAUUACUUGAUAUCCUCAUGGGAAAAUAAAAUUUCCUGUAACAAUUGUCAGUUUCGUUUUCACUACUGCGAUAAUUUGUGGUUGCUCCUCUGCCACAUUUUGUUUGUUUGUAAAUCUACUUUAUUAUUUGUAAUUCUGUCUGCAUUUGUGUACAUGACUCUAAUAUUACUCAUCUUUACUUUGCUGGUUUGUGUACUCCCUAAACGGUUCCUGCUGCAUAGACAGUCUGUCGUUGGUGUCUGCAACCUGAACUUAAUCACCAUAGCAUUAAACGGUU